AUGGUAAAGUCGGAAAGGAUAGUUUGGGGACGUGAAUGGUCGAAUUUCAUCUCUUACACACUAACCUAUGAGAAUGUUCCCGCCUUUAAUAUGUUGCUGGAUCGCGGGCCACCGGGUGAUCUACCAGAAGCCAGAAAGGGCUGGUUGAGUGGCGUGCUCGCCGAAGCUAGAGACUAUCCUGAGCAUAUACAGGUCCUUCUGCAUCGUGGAUAUCUGGACAAAACGAAAGAUCCCUGCAUUUUCAAGAAAAUGCUUGCCGGCGCAUUCGAAGUUGGCAAUCUUGAAUUGGUUUGGCGUCUGAUAAACCACGGCGAACUGGGUCUCCUCGAUGCACACAACGGCCCGGAUCUCGAAUACCAGGAGCAAACUGUCUUGCACAUUGCAGCACAUUACAGCUCCUUGAAAAUCUUCCAAGGAUUCCUAUCUACCGGUAAUCUGACUUUGGACCCGAAUCAUCCCACUCAUUGCGCCGCACUAGUCAGCGCAGGUGUGGGGAUGAACGUCGAUGUCAUCGGGUACUUUUUGGAGAAAAGUUUCGAAAUCAAUGCUUUGUACGAAGCGUCCGCGUUAAAAGACGAUAACGUGCCGGAGGCCUUGAUUAUUCAAGUUGCCACAGCAUGGGCCAGUGCCGAUAAUUAUCUCGAUAAAAGGACUCGUGAUGAUGUCGCAGCAGCCAUGAUGUUCUUGCUUGAUCGCGGGGCUCACAUAGACACAAGAAAUUCUCGAGGGCAGACAGUUUUAUCCAUUGCAGUGGAGAAUGGGAACCCGGAACUUGCUAAAAUGCUGCUCAACAGAGGAGCAGAUCCCCUGAUUGCACUCGAAUCACGCAAUAAUCUCAGCGCAUUGGAACAACUAGUCCGGAUAUUCAUACGGCACGAGCACGAUCUGAGCUACCUCGAUAUGCUGCAGGCUUCUCUAGAGACCAUGGCUGCUAGGGGUUAUCAAAGUGAUGAUUUUGUCCGCCUGAUGCCGAGUAUUGAGGGCACACUUUCUCGUCCGAAGGUAAUUUCACAGCUUGAAGAUGCUCCGGAUGUAAAGGGUCCCAUAACACUACCGUACUACGAGGACAAGGACUAUGUGCGUUGGUCACACUUCUUUUUGAUCAAGGAGCUGAGAAAACAAUAUUGGCGGGUCACGUAUCCCGUUUCGUCCGAAUGA